AUGACAUCGACUCCAGUCCCCAAGCACCUGAACUUCAUCACGGGCAACAAGAACAAGCUCGCCGAAGUCCAGGCCAUCCUGGAAGGCGUCAUUGAGCUGCGCAACCAGAAUGUCGAUCUGGUCGAGAUCCAAGGCACAGUCGAAGAAGUCACGCUGGACAAGGCACGCCGCGCAGCAGAAGCAGUCGGAGGCCCCGUGCUGGUCGAGGACACAUGUCUCUGCUUCAAGGCCAUGAACGACCUGCCGGGUCCCUACAUCAAAUGGUUCAUGCUCUCGCUCGGGCCGCUGGAACUGCACAAGAUGCUGGCCGGCUUCGACGACAAGUCCGCGCAGGCCGUGUGCACAUUCGGGUACUGCGCCGGGCCCGGCCACGAGCCGAUUACGUUCCAGGGCCGGACAGACGGCAAGCUGGUGCCGAGUCGAGGGCCGACUGUGUUCGGCUGGGACUCGUGCUUCGAGUACGCAGGCACGGGCGAGACAUACGCCGAGAUGGACAAGGCGGAGAAGAACAAAAUCAGCCACCGCGGCAAAGCACUCGAGAAGCUAAAGGCAUGGCUCGCGGCCCAGCCCAGCGCGUGA